CUUGGGCAGGAUUGCAGUGAUCUACUAACAGAGGCAGGCGACAUCCAUGCAAGCGCCAGAACUUGCUCAUGCAUUAUGAAAGUCACAGAUACAGUUACAGAACCUAAUUGCACAUCACUGUCAACUUGAGUCACCACCAGGGAAUCACAUUUCAGGUUUUUCACUUUCAGGCUAAGGGACUCUCACUUACUUGGCUCUAAACAUUUAUCCAAGCAGGCUUACACCAAAGCAGCCUGAAAUGUACAAAAACUUUAACUUACUUGUGCACUUGAUUAGACUUCCAAUAGGAGAGAUGCAUUUGCUCUGGUUUGUAGCUUCAGGAAUUUGUCUGCUACUGACACAUUCUGGAAUCGCUGCAGAAUCCUCAGAGGGAAGUGCAGACCUCUUUCUCAAUCCGGACUCAGACUUUGAUCAGUGUGCUGAAGGAAAAUACUUCACUCAGAGGCUUUGCCUGGAUUGUCCUUCUGGCCACUUUUGCCUUGGUAACACAUCUGCACCUACAAGAUGCCCGGCAGGGACAUUCAACCUCUACACAGGGAAAAGCAGUAUCACUGACUGUAAGCUUUGUUUUCCUGGUCUGAUCAGUUCAGAAGACAGAGUGGACUGUAGGCUGUGUCCUGCAGGCUUUUCAUGUGAUCCAAGCAAUGGAUCGAUGCAUCUAUGCCCUGCAGGACAACACUCUCCUGAAGGAGUCCUACAGUGUUUGACUUGCCCUUUUGACUCUGUCUGCAUGUCUGGGUUCCCGUAUAAGUGUGAACCUGGAAAGGAGCCCGGUGUCGAUCACACUGAAUGUAAAGAUUGUCCACCGGGUUUCUACUCUACAGUUUGUACUGUUCAGUGUCUGCAGUGCCCAGCAGGAAGUUACUGUCCAGACAGUGGGAUGUCACAGCCUCUCAUCUGUCCCCCUGGUUGGUCCUCCACACCUGGACAGACUUACUGCCACAGCUGCAAUAACACAUCCACACAAUGUGGAGGAGCUGUGGUGCCUCGCUGGAGCCACUCGGGCCAAAGAUCUGUUCAUCCCAUUACCUGUCGCCCAGGAAUGUAUAGAAAUAUGAAAGACUCAGCUUGCAUUGUCUGUCCAAAUGGUCAUUACUGUGUGGGAGGUGUAGCAUUAUCCUGUCCUGCAGGGACGUAUGGUGCCAAAGAAGGACUGCAGAGACUGAAAGAUUGCACAAUCUGCCCUGCAGGGUAUUACUGUCUAGAAGGCAGCUCACAGAGGCCCACCUCCCAGUUCUUGUGCUCACUGGGCUAUUACUGUGAGGAGGGCACCGCCACUCCUCAUGGGUCACCUUGUCCUGCUGGUACAGCAGGGGAACAACUGGGCCAGACAAGUAGGGCAGCCUGUAAGAGAUGCAGAGAGGGACGCUUCUGUCCUACAGGAUCAUCAGGCCCCGGCCUGCCCUGUGCACGAGGAAGGUUCUGCCCCGCCGGCACCUUGGAGGAAGUGACGUGUCCUUCAGGAACCUUCACCCCUCAUCAAGGGGCAAUAAGUGUAAAAGAUUGUCUCAAAUGCCCCACUGGAUUUUACUGUCCUGAGGGGACAAGUGACCCAGUGCCCUGUCCACCAGGCUCUUUCAACCCUUUAGAAGGUCAGGAUGAGUUGGCUGAUUGCAGAGAGUGUCAUGCAGGAAAGGCCUGCACACAGAUAGCUCUGCGAUCCCCUGAUGUGGACUGCAUGCAGGGAUUUGUGUGUCCUCCUGGUUCCUCCAAGCCAAAUUCACCAGCCAACGCCUGCCCACCGGGGACGUUUAGCAAUCGCACCAACCUUACUGACCGCUCACAGUGUCAACAGUGUCCUGCUCGAUUCGCCUGUCUAAGGGGAACUGGUGGUAUCCAAAGACCACCACUUUCUUGUUUUGCUGGACAUUAUUGUCCAGUUGGAACCAUGUUUCCUACCCAGUACAAGUGUCCCGUGGGGACUUGGAGCAGUCAGAGUGGACUGGAGGCAGAAGGAGAGUGUCAGCAGUGCCCACGGGGAUGGUACUGUUUGGCCGGGUCUGCAGCUCCAACAGGUCGAUGCAACUCUGGACACUACUGUCCUGAAGGGACUGCAUAUGGCACCCAGUUUCCUUGCCCUGCAGGCACCUACAGCAUCCAAAUGGGCAACAGAUUCAAAGAAGACUGCUUGAUUUGUCUUGAAGGCUCAUUCUGUCAACCAGGGACCUCUAAACCUUCGCCCUGUCCCCCUUCUACAUUUCGGCACCUAAAAGGAGGUCAAAGGCCAGAGGACUGCUCUCCUUGCCCUGCUGGCUAUUUUUGUCCCCACUCAGCCACCAUCAACCCCAGAGUGUGCGGAGCUGGCAGCUACUCGGACGAGGGCUCGGUGGAGUGCUCUCCAUGCCUGCAGGGCCACUACUGCAGUGAAGAGACCACCAGCGAGGAGGCCAUGUUGAGCAUCAUGGUGUGCCCUCCUGGUUUCCUCUGCUCUCAGGGUUUAGCCCGUGACCCCCAGCGUUCAGCCACGCUCUGUCCUCGAGGUUUUUACUGCCCUGGGGGAAGCAUUAACCCCAACCCAAUUCCUUGUCCCAAUGGGACAUACGGUGACUCUCCUGGUCUGCGUGAUGAAUCAGAGUGUAACCAGUGUCCUGAGGGGAAGUACUGUUAUUCCCAGCAAGCACAGGAGCAGCCUAUUACCAGACCUACAGGGCAAUGUCCUGAUGGGCACCAUUGCCCCCCAGGGACUGGCAACCCGUACACCUAUCCCUGUCAGGCUGGGAGAUACAGAAGCAAUUCUUUGGGUCACAGCGGAGAGGCGUGUGUUUUGUGUCCAGCCAGGCAUCACUGCAGUAGAGCAGGAACCCACACACCGUUACUCUGCCCUCAGGGAUUUUACUGUCCAGAGGCUACAUCUACUCCCAAACCUUGUCCGGAGGGAACCUACGGCUCACGCUCUGCUCUCAGUGACCUCUCAGAGUGCACCCCUUGUGGUGGAGGCCAGUAUUGCACUGGUGUGGGACUUAUAGAGCCUUCUGGAAGCUGCCAAAAGCGCUUCUACUGCAGAAUGGGAGCCAAAUCUGCAACCCCAGUAGACGGGCCGACUGGAGGUUUAUGCCCACCAGGAAGUUACUGCCCUGAGGCUUCCAUCUCUCCCCUCCCCUGUCCCGCGGGUACUUUCAGUGACAGCACAGGCCUUGGCAGCCCAGAGGAGUGUGUUAGCUGUCCACCUGGGUUUUACUGCUCAGGUUCCAAUAACACCUCACCUACAGGACCUUGUUUUCCUGGUUUCUACUGCACCGGCGGCUCAGCCUCACCUGUUCAGAAUGAAGCUCAGGAGGGUUACUACUGUUCUAAGGGAGCAGCCAGGGCAGAACCAUGUCCUCUUGGCUCUUUUCAGCCGCACGUACGUGCAGGGCUGUGCGUGGAGUGUCAGGCAGGCAGAUUGUGCAACCAGACGGGUUUGUCCCAACCAUCUCCAUGUCCUACAGGACACUACUGUCCUCCAGGCUCCUCUGCUCCUCGCCCCUGUCCUGCAGGCUUUUACUCCGACCAGCUCAACGGAGAGGCUGUGCAGCACUGUCGACCAUGUGAGGCAGGCUGGUUCUGUGGCAGAGCCGGCCUUGUUAAACCUCAAGGUCUCUGUGACCCGGGACACUUCUGCACCUCUGGAGCCGCCACCAGCUCCCCUGUUGCUGUAGCUUCUGGAGAUGUGUGCCCUGCUGGUUACGUCUGUCCUCGAGGGACCAAGUACUCACAGCAGCACCCUUGUCCUGUGGGAACCUGGAGUAGCUCUGUGGGAGCCCAGAACCUGUCCUCCUGUUGGCCCUGUCCCCCUGGACUCUACUGCAACAGCAGUGGUCUCACCCACCCGUCAGGACCAUGUGAAAAAGGCUACUACUGUUCAGGAGGAUCGAUGUUUUCAAAGCCCUCAGAUGAAUCGACAGGAGACAUUUGUCCAACUGGACACUAUUGUCCCAUGGGCUCGGCUUUUCCUAUACCCUGCCCUGAUGGGACAUACUCAAACACAACAGGGGCAGACGCUUGCGAUGACUGCCCCUCAGGGACCUAUUGUCUCUCAGGAGAGGGUGUCCAGGCCUGUCCAGUAGGUCACUACUGUCUUGGCAGCGGCGUUGAGGGGAUUUUGCCCUGCCCGCCCGGCUCAUACAGCCCCCAGCUCGGUCUCAGUCAGGUGGAGCAGUGCCUCAUUUGUCCAGCAGGUUUCUACUGUGAUGACUGGGGUCUCUUUGAACCUACUGGACUCUGUCAGGCUGGAUAUUACUGUAUAGCAGGUGUAAACUUUGAGAAUCCCGAUGGUAACUUCAGCACAGGAAUAGGAGGAGUGUGUCCACAAGGGAGGUACUGUCCUGAGGGAACCAGCAUCCCUCUUCUCUGUCCACCUGGGACCUACUCGGACAGUCUAUUCCUGAUGGAUGCCUCUGGCUGUAGUCCAUGUCCGGCGGGUCAAUUUUGUGCUGGCACAGGUCUUGUGAGUCCAUCUGGUCGUUGUCAGGCAGGAUCCUAUUGUCCAGGUGGAGACACAGCAAGCACAGGCUCAGAAGGAGGACUUUGCCCAACAAGCCAUUACUGCCCUGAGGCGAGUGCCAGCCCAAUGCCCUGCCUAGCUGGAACCUACACCAACCUGACAGGUCAGCCUGCGUGUUCCCGCUGCCCUGCAGGAUAUUACUGUCCAGAAAAGACUGGGGAUUUCACCGAGUUCCCCUGUCCCCCUGGAUUCUACUGUCCCGAUGGAACUAAGCAUGCCACCCAGUUCCCUUGUCCUCGAGGAUACUACAACCCAGAGCCCAUGACUCAGAGCCUGGACAGCUGCCUGCCUUGUCCUCCAGGACACUACUGCGAGAAAGAACGUCUGACCAGCGUGUCUGGAAAAUGCAAGGCUGGCUGGUUCUGUGUCUCUGCAGCUUGGAACUCUCAGCCCUUUGACCUUGACAAUUACACAAAUGCCAACUGUCUGUGCCCAGCUACCUCCACAGGGGGGCGCUGCCAGGCGGGAUUUUACUGUCCUUUGGGUAGCUCAGAGCCCAUUCCAUGUCCACCGGGAACUUUCUGCAACACAUCAGGUCUAGCUUUGCCAGUGGGUCCUUGCUCUCCUGGGUAUUACUGUAUUGGAGGAGCCACCAGGUCCAGACCAACAGACGGAGAAACGGGCAGCAUCUGUCCUCCUGGGACGUACUGUGCUGAGGGCUCAGGAGAGCCAGGGUUGUGUCCAGCUGGUACUUUCUCCCCAGUGUCCGGUCUGACUGAUGAUGCUGACUGUCAACCCUGUAGAGCAGGUUUCUACUGCAGAGAGGCAGGCCUCAGGACCCCGACUGGACCCUGUGGACAAGGCUACUGGUGUCCUCCUGGUCAAAGUGUGGCAACAGCUCUCCCAUGUCCAUCUGGGCACUUUUGCUUAGAAGGAAGCCCGGUUCCUGAACCUUGUCCAUCAGGAACAUAUCAGGACAGAGACAAACAGGCAUCCUGCACUGUCUGUGAGCCUGGGUACUACUGUGAUAGGAGAUCAGGUCUGACCAACAUUUCCCUGCCAAGGCCUUGUCCUAAAGGACACUACUGUCCUGCUGGGACUGCCCUACCCAACCAACACCCCUGUCCCAUUGGCUCCUUCAACCCAAGAGAGGGCACAGACAGCCUAUCUGGCUGCCUUCCAUGUGCUGCUGGACGUUACUGUCCUUCUGUUGGACUGUCCGAGCCAGCAGGACCGUGUCAAGCCGGUUAUUUCUGCAAACUGGGAGCAUCCUCUUCCAGCCCUCUGGAUGGACUCUUUGGCUUCCUGUGUCCACUUGGUCACUACUGCCCCUCAGGGACCACAGCUCCUAAAGUCUGCCCUGAAGGGAGGUGGUCUAACAGUUCAGGCCUACAGAGCGAGUGGAACUGCAAAACCUGUUCAGGGGGAUUUUACUGUGAUUCUGCUGGAAUCACUAAACCCACUGGAUUCUGUCGUGAAGGAUAUUACUGCACAGAGGGAGCUGUCACACCUACGCCUACUGAUGGAGUCACAGGGGGACCUUGUCCUGAGGGUCACUACUGCCCAGAGGGAACUGUUCAACCUGUGCCCUGUGAUCCAGGGACUUAUGUGGCAGUAACACAAGCUGCUCAGUGUGAGCUUUGUGUGCCAGGCUGGUACUGUGUGUCUGGCUCCUUGCUCCUUUGUCCUGCAGGGUUUUACUGCCCCAAAGGAACUGGAUUUGAUUUAAAAAGCUGUCCAGAAGGAACUUACGGUCCUGAUCCAGGGUACUGGUCUGUCUCCCAGUGUAGGCAAUGUGAUGGAGGCUAUUACUGCUCUUCUAGAAAUAGCACAGCUGUUACUGGAGCAUGCCAGGAAGGACAUUACUGUUCACAUGGAAACAUCUCCCCACAACCACAGGCUACAGGAGAAGGAGGACCAUGUCCCUCUGGACAUUACUGUCCACAAGCCACCAUCCGUCCUCUGCCCUGCCCACGUGGAACUUUCUCUAAUAUCAGCAAAUUAGUCUCCAAGGAGGAUUGCCAGCCUUGUCCUCCAGGCUCCUACUGCGGCACAGAGGGGCUUUCAGCCCCUUCAGGAAAAUGCAGGAAAGGCUACUUCUGCCUUGGCAGUGCAGAUCGUCCUGACCCUCCUUUUGGAGACAGCCGAGGAGGGCCGUGUCCAAGAGGUUAUUACUGCUCAGAGGGCUCUGUGGCUCCUCAGCACUGCCCCCUGGGAACCGUCAGCACAGAGAAAGGCCGAGCCAGCUGCAGCGUCUGUCCCCAGGGCUUUUACUGUCCUGGCACAAGUAACGGCUCUCUGUCUGAGAGUUUGGAGUGUCCUGUGGGUUAUUACUGCCCAGCUGGGACGUGGUCCAAUCACCAGCACCCGUGUCCAGCUGGAGCCUUCAAUCCUCACACUCAGAUGACAAAACCCCAGGACUGCUUGCCAUGUCCUCCAGGAUCAUUCUGUGCAUCUCCUGGCAAAGACAGCGCGUCAGGCUUGUGUAGCGCCGGAUACUACUGCCUCUCCGGGGCUCGGUCACCUGCACCAGAGGAUGGAGGGAUGACCGGUGAUAAAUGUCCUGAAGGACAUUACUGCACUCAGGGUUCCUCCACACCACUCCCCUGUCCUGUCGGAUCCUACAGCAACCGAACCAGGAACACACACAUCUCUGACUGUCUGCCUUGUCCUCCAGGUUUCCUGUGUGUCAGUAGAGGGCUCUCUUUUCCUUCCCAUAUCUGCCCAGCUGGAUCUUACUGUUCAAGUGGAGGAAAUAACAAAUCGCAGGAUUCAAUCAUCUGUUCACCUGGAAACAGGUGCCCACUUGGAGCUAAGAAGCAGGUACCCUGCUUACCUGGAACAUACCAGAAUUUACCUGGACAGGCAGACUGUACUGAAUGUCCUGCAGGAUUUUUCUGUGCUGGCUCGGUGGAUGCUGACACUGGGCAGGUGUCUGGAACUCACACUCCCAUGCUGUGUCCUAAAGGACAUUAUUGCCCACCUGGAACGCAGACUGGUGUAGCAUUUCCGUGCCCAGCUGGCACUUUCAGCAGCCAGAUGGGAAUGUCCAAUAACUCGGACUGUGAGCUCUGCCCCCCUGGGAGAUACUGCAGUUCAUCUGGACUGUCUGCUCCCUCUGGGGUCUGCUCUCCGGGCUACCUCUGUAUCCAUGGUUCGGUGUCCGCCCAACCAGAGGAGGGUUCAACAGGAGGACGGUGCUCUACAGGGUCUUACUGCCCACAGGGUACCAGCUACAUGGUUCCUUGCCCUGCAGGAACCUUUAGCUAUAUAGAUGGAGCUGUGUCCGUUGAGGCGUGCCAGCCCUGUUUACCUGGGCACUUCUGUUCUGAGGCUGGCGCCUCUGCUCCAUCUGGACCCUGUAACCCUGGUUUCUACUGCAGAGAAGGUUCCAGAACCUCCACACCUUUGAGAAAUGCCACUGGAGACGUAACAUCUUCAGCCGAUUCCCUCCUGAAUUAUUUCCAUGGUGAUGUGUGUCCUGCAGGCCACUAUUGCCCUGAAGGCAGUGCAAACCCAAGUCCCUGUCCUCCAGGCACUUUCUUGGGGAGGUCUGGAGCUGAGUCAGAGGACGACUGUGAGGAUUGCUACUCUGGUUCAUACUGCCCCUUUUGGGCUCAGACAUCCGUUGACCUCUCCUGUCCACCUGGGUGGGUCUGUCCUACCGGAUCUGUGUCUGGGCAUCAGCCAGGACUGCGGUGCUCACCUGGCCAUAUGUGUCCAGCUGGAAGUGCAGAGCCAGCCAUCUGUGCUCCAGGCACAUUUCAGUCUUUAUAUGGACAGACGGAGUGUGAGAGUUGCCCAGCAGGAUUUUACUGUGUGCAGGGUUCAGCUCUACCCACUCCUUGUCCGGUGGGCCAUUUCAGUCCAUUCUCUGACGGGAUGUCCCUGAACGACUGCACCCUCUGUCCGUCUGGGUCCUUUUGUAACAGCAGUGCUCUGACAGAACCUUCUGGACCUUGCAGCCCAGGGCAUUUCUGUUCCUCUGGGUCCACUGAGCCUUCUCCUGUCUCCCAGCGUUAUGGUGAUGUUUGUCCCAUGGGACACUUCUGUCCUCAGGGCAGUGGGACACCCAAACUCUGUCCUGUUGGUAGUUUCCUUCCCGAGCCUGGAGCGUUCUCCCCAUUCCACUGCCGUCCUUGUCCUCCUGGGAAAUACUGCCUGAGUCCUGGUGCCUCAGAGCACUCAGGUUUGUGUGAUGCAGGUUUCUUCUGUCCUGGAGGCGCUGAUGUCCCCGCACCUCGAGCCAGUUUAUCUCAGUUCAGCUGUCUUCUGGAUAUAUUGGAGUUUACUUUCAUUAAGACAGACUUCUCCAACUAUUCUGGAAGAAACCCUAGUCGGAUCAAAGUGGCCGUGGUGCCACUGGCGGAUUCAGAUCACAAUGUGAAUAACUCAGCGGCACAUCUCAGGAGUCCACAUUAUAAAUGCUCCACCUACAGAGGAGACAUAUGUCCUAAGGGUUUCUUUUGUCCUUUGGGUUCAGCUUUUCCUCAGGCCUGUGAAGCUGGCUUCUACUGUAACCAGACUGGUCUAGAGGCCCCUGCAGGGUCCUGUGCAGCUGGGUAUUACUGUCCUCGGGGCUCCUCGGACCCAUACAUCAACUCUUGUCCCACCGGACACUACUGCCCUGUUGGGACCCCACUGCCUAUGCCGUGCCCUCCUGGAACCAUAAAACGUUCUCCUGGUGGAUCCACAGUUGAAACUUGCCAGUCGUGUCCUCCAGGCCACUACUGCCAAAAGAAAGGCAUGGCCGAGCCAAGUGGUCGAUGUGCAGAAGGCUACUUUUGUCCUAAUGGACAGAGCUCUGAGAGACCACAGCAGCAUGUCUGCUCAAUGGGACAUUAUUGUGAGAAGGGCAGCGUGAGACAGACACCCUGCCUUCCCAGCAGCUACCAGCCCAGACAAGGCCAAGGGAGCUGUGAGACGUGCCCUCUUGGCUUCUAUUGUCCAGAUUAUGGAGUGAUAUUUCCACGCUCCUGUGAGAGAGGGUUUUACUGCCUGGUUGGGUCUGCACGUCCACUUCCCUGUCCGUCAGGAACCUAUGGAAACUUGUCAGGACUAGUUGAGAAAUCUCAGUGCACACUGUGUGAUCCCGGCAUGUACUGCAAAGGAACAGGGAGGACCUUCCCCAGUGGGCUCUGUGCCGAGGGCUUUGUUUGUGUUGGAGGAGCCUUUGAGCAUUCACCGUCAGACUACCUGACAGGAUUCCCGUGCCCUGUGGGAUUCUUUUGCCCUGUGGGGACGUCCAAAUCAAAACCGUGCCCAAAGGGAACUUUCAGUGAACAGAGUGGGCUUGUGGACAGUUCUCAGUGCCAGAGCUGCAGUCCUGGCUUUUAUUGUUCAGAAUCUGGCCUCUUUGCCGUUUCCGGACCCUGUUUGCCAGGUUUUUACUGUCUAGAUGGAUCUGAGUCUGCUUCUCCAGCAUCAGGUCCAUCUGGAGGCAUUUGUCCAGUAGGCCACUACUGUCCAGAGGGGACCAGCGUACCAUCACCAUGCCCUGCUGGAUUUUACCAAAAUGAUACUGGAAAAACAGAUGAAGAUGACUGUAAACCAUGCCCUCUUGGGUGGUUCCAGGAUUUACCUGGCCAGAAAGAGUGUGAUCCCUGUCCUCCUGGUUUCCACUGCAAACCUCUGAGUCCUAGUCCUUCCAAAGGGACAUCAACAGGUGUCUCUAGUCCACUGCCUUGUCCAGCAGGGUUUAUCUGUCCCAGGGGGAACCCAGACAGCCAGCUUCUUCCAUGCCCCAAAGGCACAUACAGCCCCAGCCAGGGUCUCAUCACCACAGGUCAGUGCCUGAUGUGUCCAGCAGGUCAGUUCUGUGGGUCUGAAGGUUUGGUUGAGCCCUCGGGAUCAUGUGCUGCUGGUUUUCUUUGUCUGACGGGUGCAAAGGUGCCAAAUCCAACUGACAACCGAACUGGAUCUCUGUGUCCGACUGGGAUUUUCUGCCAACGAGGACUUAGAGCAGGUGACUGUCUGGCUGGGUUUUUUUGUGAUUGGGGCUCCAGUAAAGCAGAUCAGGCACCGUGCCCGGCUGGUUUGUUCUGCCCCAGUGGAACAGCAGCCCCCGUGCCUUGUCCUGCAGGAACAUUUAGCUCUCAGAUGGGCAACAGUCAUCAAGAUAACUGCAGCACCUGCAUCCCUGGAUACUACUGCCCAGAUGAAGGUGCUCUCCAGCCUGUGCUGUGUCCCGUUGGGCACUACUGCCCCAAAGGUCAGAUCUUAGGGUAUGAGUUCCCUUGCCCACCUGGCACGGUGCAGAACCAGCUUGGAGCCUCCGGUCCUGAUGCUUGCCAGCUCUGCCCUGCUGGGAUGUUCUGCUCUCAGUCUGGUCUUUCACAGGCCACAGGGCUCUGUCAGGAGGGAUUUUUCUGUCCUGCAGGAUCAAACAGCCCAAACUCAACUGAGAAUCAGGGGAACUCAACUAUAACCCAGCUUUGUUCAUCAGGUCAUUUUUGCCCCCCUGGCACUGGGUACCCGCUCCCUUGUCCAGUUGGAUCUCUCGCCGUCUCUCAAGGACUAAGAGGAGUUGAUGAAUGUCCGCCGUGCCCGCCUGGAUUCUUCUGUGACAGUCCUGCGAUGUCUGAUCCCUCCAGUGCACAGCCAUGCCAGGCUGGGUAUGUGUGCUUGGGUGGAAGCUCCAGUCCUACUCCUUCAGAAGGUUCCCAUGGCUACCCCUGCCCUGCUGGCUAUAGCUGUCCUGUCGGCUCAGCCACCGAAACGCCCUGUGAACCUGGCACUUACAGCCCUGCACCUGGAGCAGCCCACUGCAUGCUGUGUCUGAAAGGAACCAUGUGUCCCUUAUCAGCUACUCAGGAGCCUGCUACCUGCCCAGCUGGCCACGUUUGUCCUGCUGGGACAGUCCAGCCUCAGGCCUGCCCUUUAGGAACCUUCAGUAACCAGACAGGUGCCCAUUCGGAUGCCGUCUGCGGUCCAUGCCCCUCUGGGAUGUACUGCAGCUCAUAUGGAGUCUCAGCACCACAAGGUCUGUGUUUGCAGGGUUAUUUCUGCCAAGGUGGAGCUACAGAUCCAACACCUAUGAGCUCUGAAAAGUUCCCCAAGAAUGGUCUUUGUCCUGCUGGACACUUCUGUCCCACAGGGUGUCUCGCUCCAAUCCCGUGCCCUGCUGGGAGUGUCAGAAACUCUAGUGGAGGCGUGUCCAUGGAGAGCUGCUUCGCCUGUCCUGCUGGUCACUACUGUUCCACUGAAGGCUUGUCCAGCCCCAAUGGUCCCUGUGCUGCUGGCUUUUACUGCCCCUUUGACUUCUCUUCUACAACUCCACAUGCCUUUCUUUGUCCCAAGGGCCAUUUCUGUCUAGAAGCAUCUGCCCUGCCCAUGCCCUGUCCCACAGGAGAGUACCAGCCAAACCCGGGUUCAGAGAACUGCAUCCCCUGUCGGCCUGGAUUCUACUGUGAGGAGGCCAUAGUGGGAGACCCAUGGCCGUGUCCACCUCACUCAUUCUGCCCUGCAGGCAAGUUGUUACAAAGAUGCUAG